UGGUGGUUCCCUUUUGACGUGAAGACCAACCAUUUCCCUCAGUAAACACAUCUUCGUCGUCUAUCAAACAUCAUGAAAGAUCAGGCGCAAUAACUAAACCUAAUUUCAAAUAAGAGAAAAACAGUUAUUGUUAGUUUACCUCAGCGAUUCUCUCCGAGAUGUGCAUCUUGAAAUCCUCUUCAACCCACUUGGUUAUAAUUCUCUCCCUGUUUCUGUUCCUAAACUCUGCAAGUGAAGCUGCUCCUACAUAUACCACACAUGUCUGCACAGAUGGAUCCUUUUACCUACCCAACACAACAUUCCAAACCAACUUGAAUCUCCUUCUAUCAUCCCUCGUCUCUAACGCCACCCUCCACGAUGGUUACUACCUCACCAACAUCUCCCUUGGAGCCCCUGGUGAGGUCAAGGGACUCUUCCUCUGCCGCGGUGACGUCACCCCCUCCGUCUGCCACGACUGUGUCGCCGCCGCUGCCGACAACAUCAUACGCCUCUGCACCAACACUACAGAGUCUGUAAUAUGGUAUGACGAGUGUAUGGUGCGCUACUCCAACCUUUCCUUCCUCAACGACAUAGUACCAAGUGUCGGCAUGGGUUCCCAACAGAGCAUUCCUGAUUCCGAUAUUACUAGCUUCAACAAUUUUCUUGCAUCCGCGCUGAAGGGUGUGGUGCAGGAUGCCGUGAAUUCUCUUUUGGGUAGAAUGUUUGCCACAAGAGAAGCGAAUUUCACUAGCUCAAUGACUCUGUACGCCCUGGCGCAGUGUAGGCCUGAUUUAUCCGCCUUCACUUGCAACACGUGCUUAACAGGCGCCAUCACUAUCCUCGGUGAAGGAAAACGAGGUGCACGCAACCUGCUUCCUAGUUGUAAUGUCAGAUAUGAAUUGUACCCUUUUUACAAUGUUUCCGCCGUCUCCACUAAACCAGAGUCUCUUUCCCCAUCUUCAGGAAAAAACAAUAUCUCUAUAAUUCUUGCUAUUGCCGUCCCAAUUGUCGUUGCGGUGCUACUUUUCAUAGUUGGCGUCUGCUUCCUACGCAAGAGGGCAAGCUAUAAAUACAAUAACUCUUUUGGCCAGGAUUCAAUUGUGGAAGGUCUUAGCGAUGGGGACUCCUUGCAAUUUGACCUGGCUAUGAUUGAAGCUGCCACGAACAGAUUCUCGGAUGAAAACAAGAUUGGCAAAGGUGGAUUUGGGGUGGUUUAUAAGGGUGUCCUACCUGAUGGACAGGAGAUAGCUGUGAAGAGGUUGUCAGUAACCUCCUUGCAGGGUGCAGUAGAGUUCAGGAAUGAAGCCGCCCUUGUGGCCAAGCUUCAACAUAGAAAUUUAGUGAGACUAUUGGGAUUUUGCUUGGAGGGCCAGGAAAAGAUUCUUAUCUAUGAAUACAUACCAAACAAAAGCCUUGAUUACUUUCUAUUCAAUUCUAUGAAGCAAAGAGAGUUAGAUUGGUCACAACGCUACAAGAUUAUAGUUGGCAUUGCUAGAGGAAUUCUUUAUUUACAUGAAGAUUCUCAACUUAGAAUUGUUCACCGUGAUGUCAAAGCUAGCAAUGUUUUAUUAGAUGAAAAUAUGAACCCAAAGAUUUCUGAUUUUGGCAUGGCAAAGAUUUUCCAGGCAGACCAGACUCAAGUAAAUACAGGAAGAAUAGUUGGGACUUAUGGUUACAUGUCUCCGGAAUAUGCAAUGCGUGGUCAGUUUUCCAUGAAAUCGGAUGUGUUCAGCUUUGGUGUCUUGGUCUUGGAGAUUGUGAGUGGCAAGAAGAAUACUGAUUUUUAUCAAUCGAAUCACGCUGAUGACCUCUUAAUCUUUGCUUGGAAGAAAUGGACAGAGCAAACACCAAUGGAGUUUGUGGAUCCAACUCUGAGAGGUUCUUGUUCGAGAAAUGAAGUAAACAGAUGCAUCCACAUUGGUUUAUUAUGCGUUCAGGAAAAUCCAUCAGACCGACCAUCAAUGGCCACAAUUGCACUUAUGCUUAACAGUUAUUCAGUGACCAUGUCAAUGCCACGACAACCAGCAUCUUUCCUGCGUGGAAGAAAUCCUAACAGGUUUAACCGAGAGCUAGAGUCUGAUCAGUCUACCACCGAUCAAUCUACCUCCUGUUCAAUUCCAUACUCUGUGAAUGAAGUAUCCGUCACUGAAGUAUAUCCUCGCUAAAGGAUUCAUUUUAAGUCUUCUUCCAUCAAUCUAGUGUAAUCAAUUUUAUCAACUACUGUAUCUAAAUUAAAGCAUACAUCUUUUAUCUCAUC